UACACUUUCCCUUAGUACAAAAUGCUUUAGCUCAGAUUAUUUCAUAAUAUCAAGAAAAUAGAAAUAUCCCAACCCAUUUACAGCCAUGAAAAUCUUGAAAAUUUUCUUGGUUUUUUCCAUACUUGGUUGUUUGUCAUGGCCUAGUAUUCAGAGUGAUUUAACGACUUAUAUAGUACAAGUUGAAUCCCCAGAAAGCCGAAUUUCGACUCAAUCUUUAUCAGAUCAGGAUCUAGAGAGCUGGUAUCGAUCUUUUUUACCAAAUACCAUAGCAAGCACACGCUCAAAUGACGAAGAAGAGCCACGUUUAGUGUAUUCAUAUCGCAACGUAAUGAAAGGUUUUGCAGCAAGAUUAUCAGCAGAGCAAGUGAAGGAAAUGGAGAAGAAAGAGGGGUUUAUAUCUGCAUGGCCUGAGAGGAUAUUAUCGUUACACACUACGCAUACUCCAAGUUUUCUUGGAUUGCAACAGAACGAAGGGGUAUGGCGACAUUCCAAUUAUGGGAAAGGUGUGAUUAUUGGUGUCUUGGACACUGGUAUUUCUCCUGACCAUCCUUCAUUUAGCGACGAAGGAAUGCCUCCUCCGCCUGCUAAAUGGAAAGGCAAAUGUGAAUUGAACUUCACUACAAAGUGUAACAACAAGCUCAUUGGCGCGAGGACUUUCCCACAAGCCAAUGGCUCGCCAAUAGAUGAUAAUGGACAUGGUACACAUACUGCUGGCACUGCUGCCGGAGGUUUUGUGAAAGGUGCUAAUGUGUUUGGGAAUGCUAAUGGUACUGCAGUUGGGAUUGCUCCACUUGCUCACCUCGCCAUUUAUAAGGUUUGCGAUUCUUUUGGUUGCUCUGAUAGUGGCAUUUUAUCUGCCAUGGACGCAGCUAUUGAUGAUGGAGUUGAUAUCUUAUCGCUUUCACUUGGUGGAAGUACUAAUCCAUUCCAUAGUGAUCCUAUUGCACUUGGUGCGUAUAGUGCAACACAAAGAGGUAUUCUUGUAAGUUGUUCUGCUGGUAAUACCGGUCCAUUUGAGGGCACUGUUGUAAAUGAAGCCCCGUGGAUUCUCACAGUAGGCGCGAGCACUCUUGACAGGAAAAUUAAGGCUACUGUUAGGCUUGGAAAUAAAGAAGAAUUUGAGGGCGAAUCAGCUUUUCAUCCAAAAGUUUCCAAGACAAAAUUCUUCCCUUUAUUUAAUCCUGGAGAAAAUUUAACAGACGACUCUGAUAACUCUUUUUGCGGACCAGGGCUAACUGACCUUAGCCGUGCUAUAAAAGGUAAAAUAGUUUUGUGCGUGGCAGGUGGUGGUUUUAACAGUAUUGAAAAAGGACAAGCUGUGAAGAACGCUGGAGGCGUUGGCAUGAUUCUCAUUAAUCGGCCUCAGGAUGGUUUAACUAAAUCAGCCGAUGCUCAUGUCCUUCCGGCCCUGGAUGUUGCUUCUUUUGACGGAAAUAACAUUAUCGAUUAUAUGAAAUCAACAAAGAAGCCUGUUGCUAGAAUUACAUUCCAAGGAACGAUAAUAGGCGAUAAAAAUGCUCCAGUGCUUGCUGGUUUUUCUUCUCGUGGACCGAGCACAGCUAGUCCUGGAAUCUUGAAACCUGAUAUUAUUGGUCCUGGUGUUAAUGUCCUUGCAGCUUGGCCUACUUCUGUCGAAAACAAAACCAACACAAAAUCAACAUUCAACAUUAUUUCGGGUACCUCUAUGUCUUGUCCUCACCUUAGUGGAAUUGCAGCAUUGUUAAAAAGCGCGCACCCCACUUGGUCUCCUGCAGCUAUUAAAUCAGCAAUCAUGACAACUGCUGACAUUGUCAACCUUGGCAAUGAAUCCCUCCUAGACGAAAUGCUCGCUCCUGCUAAAAUCUUCGCCUAUGGAUCAGGACAUGUCAAUCCAUCACGAGCAAAUGAUCCAGGACUAGUUUACGAUACACAAUUCAAAGACUACAUUCCUUAUUUAUGUGGUUUGAAUUACACAGAUCGACAGAUGGGAAACAUUCUACAACGCAUAACAAGUUGCUCGAAAGUGAAAAGUAUACCCGAAGCACAACUGAAUUACCCUUCAUUUUCCAUUUCACUUGGAGCAAAUCAACAAACAUACACAAGAACAGUGACAAACGUCGGGGAGGCAAAAUCAUCUUAUCGCGUAGAGAUAGUUUCACCACGAAGUGUUUCCGUGGUUGUUAAGCCUUCAACUCUAAAGUUUACGAAGUUGAAUCAGAAGUUGACAUACCGAGUGACCUUUUCUGCAACAACAAACAUCACAAACAUGGAAGUUGUUCAUGGAUACUUGAAAUGGAGUAGUAAUAGGCAUUUUGUAAGAAGUCCAAUUGCUGUUAUUCUACAAGAGUCUGAAACACCAGAAGAUUAGUGUCUUUCCUUUUUAAUAAUUUGUUCAAUUAUAAUAAGCCUGUAUUAAUGGCUUGUAUCCAAAAUGUAGAAUGAGUGCAAAAUUUACUCAUGUUUUAUUCUACUGGUGUUAUUUCCUUUCUGGUA